AUGGUCGAGAUGUCACCCCAUGGAAGUGAAAGUUCUUUCGGUUCAUCACUCACUGAAAACCAAUGGAUUAGUAGGAAGGUGAGUAAGCAAGAAACCAACAAAUGGACACAUCUUCCCCAGGAUAUUUUGGAACAGAUAAUGAAACGUCUAUGCCUCACAGAUUACCUUACAAUGCGUGCAAUAUGCUCGUCUUGGAGGAGUACCGUUACUAAUGCCAUUGCAAACAAGUAUUGCCAUCCUUUACCCGAACUUCCACUAGUUGUCUUUAUAUCGCAUGAACAAACAUUUUUCAGCUUGAAAAACGAACGUGGAUAUUGUCCCAAAAGCUCACUAUUUGACUCUACAAGCAUAUUUUGCCAUGGUUCAAUUGAAGGAUGGAUGAUUUUAUCAAAUUAUAAUGAAGAUAAUAGUUUAUCCUUCACCUUCUUCAAUCCAGUGACUACGGGUAGUGUUUCGGUCCCACCCCCGUUGUACUUUCCCUUCAACACUCAAAUCCAAGAUAUGAAAUUGUCCAUGGGGAAAAUGGUGGUCUCUUCCACACCGGAUGGUUAUGACUCAGAUUGUUUUUUGGCCGGUCUCUGCAACGAUUUUUGUCACAUUGCAUUUUAUAGGCUCUUUGACGAGUCUUGGAACAUGAUUGAAAUAGAGAAAGAUUCUGUGUUCCAUUUUUUGGAUAUAGAAAUUAUGGGUUCCAAGUUGUAUGUUAGAACUAACAGACCUUUGAAUUCCAUGUUGGUUUAUGAUCUGAAAGAUUCCACUAAUGGCUCUCCAAAGCACAAAGUAUUAAGUGUGCUUCCGGAAAAAUCCACGCCACAAAUAUCAAGAACUAUUGAUAGCCAACGUCAUAUUUCAGGUCAUGCCUUCUGCCGUUUAGCCAAACACGAAAAGUUGAAGCAAUUAUUUCUCAUUUAUGUGAUAUGCAGUGCAGUUUAUAAACCUGAAGAUGUGAACUAUAUGAAUAUGGUCACAAAAUUUGUUAACUCACCCGAUAUUACUGGAGUCGAAGUGUUCAAGUUGGACAUGAAUAAGGAACCUAUUGCGUGGACAAAGUGUGAAAGCUUGGAUGAUAAUGUGGUUUUUGUUAGUUAUUGCAAGAGCAUGGUAAUGUCAAGAGCUGCAUUCAAUAGCACUCACAAGUCAAUUAUAAGAGAAAACAGUGUCUACUUUGCUCUUUCAUUUGAAUGUCUUACAGAUCCAUGUCAAGACAUUCAGUUUGGGAUCAGGCACUUGACUGAUAGCAGCAGCACCAAAUAUUUUUCUGUAGAGAAAUCAGAUCAUUCUGAUGUCCCUUAUCCUUUCUGGUUCGUACCAAGUAUUUGA